GCAUCCCACUCACAUCUUCCAGAGAGGAGAGAGGAAGAGUACAGUCUGCAGUGCCAAGGAAAGAGGGCAGUGUGGGUGUCACUGGAGGACUGGACUUGGCAUUAGGAGAUGAAAGGUUGGAUGGUGAAAAGCAUUUAAUCCAUCCAUCCAAGCAUUUCAUCCAUCCACCCAGCAACAGAUCAUUCCUAUGUGGAGAGCAAUAGGCAAAGAGAAACUGCUGCUUGGGAGACUACCCUGAAGAUCAAAUCAACAGUUGGACGGCUAAAUUAUGCUUUUGGGGAUACAAACAAAAAGUGCCCAGUGCCCUGGUAUUCACUGUGAUGGAAGAGGGGUGCUAACACAAGUUGCUUAUGAUAACGUAUUCUGGAUGUAUCUGCUACAUCAUUCUAAGUAAACUACAUUAAUCAAUGUGGAAGGCUAUCUUUAACUCUUCUCCUGGCUGCAGGAUGAGACUUCUCGUGACUAAAAUAAUCCUAUUUUGGGCAUCCUCCACUCUUGCAGGAAUCCCUGCUGUGCCCUGGAAGGUGCAGUGCCCGUCACAAUGCGUCUGCCAAAUCCGUCCUUGGUACACUCCAAGGUCGGCCUAUAGAGAGGCAAACACUGUAGACUGCAAUGACCUUUUUGUCACAGCUGUUCCAAGUGCUCUACCAGCCGGCACUCAUACACUUCUCCUACAGAGCAACAAUAUUGCAUAUUUGGAGCAACAAGAAGUAGGUUACUUGGAAAAUCUGACAGAGUUGGACUUGUCUCAGAACAGCUUCUCCCAUAUCAGAGAUUUUAAUGCCAGACGCCUACCAAACCUUGUAAGCCUACACCUUGAAGAAAACCAGCUGGAAAACUUGCCUAACAAUAGUUUUUCUGGGCUUGAGAGCCUAGAAGAGUUGUAUCUUAAUCACAAUCAGCUGUCUGACAUAUCUCCACAAGCUUUCUCUGGACUACAUUGUCUACUCCGACUGCAUUUGAAUUCAAAUUUACUGACAACCCUGGAUAACCAGUGGUUUAAGGAAAUGCCAGCCCUAGAAGUGUUGAUGGUUGGUGGCAACAAGGUGAGUUCAAUCUUGGACAUGAACUUUAAGCCACUCUCCAAUUUAAGAAGUCUUGUUCUAGCAGGUAUGGGGCUGAAGGAAAUAUCAGACUUUGCCCUUGAAGGAUUGCUGACCUUAGAAAGUCUGUCUUUGUAUGACAAUAAAUUGAUUAAGGUGCCAAAGGGUGCCCUACAAAGGAUUCCUAGCCUGAAGUUUUUGGAUCUCAACAAGAACCCUUUAAGUAGAAUCCAGCAAAAAGACUUUGCAAACAUGUCUCAGCUAAAGGAACUAGGUUUGAACAGUAUGGAAGAGUUAGUAUCUAUUGAUGAACUGGCAUUAGUGAACCUACCAGAACUCACCAAGUUAGAAGUAACCAACAAUCCUAAACUUUCUUUCAUUCAUCCUAGGGCAUUCCAGAAACUACCACGCAUGGAAACACUAAUGCUUAAUAACAAUGCUCUGAGUUCUUUGCAUAGGGAGACUGUUGAAUCACUACCAAACCUACAGGAGAUUGCCAUGCAUGGAAAUCCAUUGAGAUGUGACUGUGUUAUCCGCUGGGUCAAUGCCACUGCCCCUCAUGUCCGUUUUAUGGAGCCUCAAUCUACAUUGUGUGCUGAACCCCCAGAAUUAAGGCGCACACAGUUACGAUUAGUCCCAUUUCGUGAGAUGAGUGAUCGCUGCCUGCCCCUUAUUCCUGUACCAAGUUUUUCACCUCGUGUACGGGCAUCCAGUGGACAAAGUAUCACGCUACAUUGCCGAGCACUUGCUGAACCAGAACCACAAAUUUAUUGGGUAACACCCUCAGGAGAGCGUCUAGGAGUGUCUGCAGACUGGGGUGGUUACAAAGUACAAGAAGAAGGCACACUGGAGAUACAAGUGGUGUCAUCAGCCCAUGCUGGGGUAUAUACCUGUGUAGCACAGAAUCUUGUGGGAGUAGAUUAUAAGAGUGUGCACCUAAUGGUCAACCAGCUGUACCCAGCUAGAGACAAUCCUGUCCAACUGCGGGUGGGAGAAGUGGGUGAGCGUCAUUUGUUGCUCUCCUGGAUACCACCUCUUAAUGCACUUGGAUGUAGUCUGCGUUGGAGCUGCUUGACACCUGGUGCCAGCGUUGAGCGUGCAAGGCUCCCUGUGGGUCUAAACUCAUACAAUGUCACAAGACUACUUCCAGGAGAGGAAUGUAGGGUAUGCCUACGUGUCUCCAUUCUUGGAGGCAAAGUGCGAACGGCUUGUGCUAGUGCCAGGACUAGGGAGACUGGGACAAGUUACAGGCAUAGAGGACAAAAAGCACUAACUGCACUAGCCUUCUGCUCUCUGCUUGUUGUGAUUGGGUUACUUGCCCGUUAUCGUCCAGGUGGCAGGCCAGAUCACUCAUCACCUUGGUCUCUGUCUGGCAGAGUUAUUUACCCGCCAGUUAUACAUCAGUGGGACGAAAUCAAAAAGGAAAAGCAUCUGUCAGGCAUCAAUGUCCCAGCUACCCCUUUGUGCUAAUGAAUCUUUGCCUGAGUUAUCUCAGAGACUUUCCCAGAGAAGAAACUGUGGAGAGUAGUGCCUUGGGAGGGAUCCAAAAAGAAAGCCUUUAAACUACAUAGGCAAAAAGGCAGAGCCAUUUGGGCACGGUAACUUGUACAGACACAAGUUCAAACUAAUACAAGUGAACAUUUAAGUACCAGGAAGCAUACAAACAUAGUGUAUACUCACACAGAUGUGUAGUUGCACCUAACAAGAAACCUACCCUGCUGUAAACCUGCAAAGAAUAAAAACAUGUAAAGAAAAACCCUAAUCACACUACUACAAGCAUGAAUACACUCAGUACACACAGACAUCAGUCUUACACACCUUCCAUUUGUACAGACUACAGAAAGACAUAGUCAUGUUUAAUUACACAAUACAAAAGGUGUAUAAUUAUGUAUAUGCUACACAAUGCUGUGACUCUGUUGCUGUGUGGUUAUCUCCUCUUGACCUUUCAGCACACUUCAUGGACUCCUCAACCUCAGGACCACAAGACUAAUUCUGCUGAUCCUAUGAGUAAGAUAGGAGAGCAGACAGACUCACUGUAGUUUAUGUAGGAGGCACACCUUCAAAACUACUGGAAAAUGUAAACAAUAAUUUGUAAGACAGUAUUCCUCUCUUCACAUCCGUCUGAUACAGAGAAACUGGGACUUUAUGGGGCCUCUUUGGUUCUGGACUGUAUUUAGGGCAGAAAAAAAAUAAUGGACUUAACUGAAUUGAAGUAGGCAGUGAGACUUCUCUUUAAAUCCUUUCCCAACUAAUAUGUACAAUCGUGAUUGUUAUAAUAAAGCUCUGAGCAGCAAGAA